CCAUCGUGGACUAAAAUGAUGUGGUUUGACACCUAGAAAACAUGUGAAAUUAUUGUGCUAUCGAACGGAAAGUGAUGUAAGAUAGUUUCUAAAAUUACAGAAUUCUUGCGAGCAUCUUCUGAUGAAGAUUAUUCAUCCUGUGGAUGUGGUCAGCAGCAUAAAUUCAGUUAUGAAAUGGGCUGAUUAUGCAAAUUCAUGAAAGCAGAGAAUGCAGGGAAUAGAAUUAGUGGUCUGAACUUUUAUCAGAAGUGCCAGUACAACAAGAACAAUGCAUGACGAUUUUGGAUCCAACAUAUUGCCAUCAAGGGCUAUAUACCCUUCUUCAAGGCUGAUGAUCUACCUAGGGCUGCUAGGAUUAUCCAAGUUCUUCCGAGCAUUUGGACUUUUUCUGUCUUAUGACUUGCUGAAGGUCAUUCAUGUGGUGCAGUUCUUAUGUACAAUCAAAGCUGCAGCAGCUCUUCCACUGAUAUUUCUACAGAAGCCUUUCUCCACAGGAAAGAGAAUUACCAAGAAUCAAUGGUUGAGGAUUUUUCGACAUGCAUUCUUCGGGAGCAGCAUCAACCUGUUGUGGUUGUUUGGAUUGACAUUAUGUGGGCCUCUCAGAACAAUAGCCUUGUUUGAACACAGUGAUCUUGUUGUCAUAGCAGCUGCUAGUGCAAUGUUUUCUAAUAAUGGAGGUGGCCCCUCAAAGUUGCGAGGUGCUCUGAUCAUGUUGAUGGGUGUGGUAGGACUGCUGCUCUUUGACCAUGAUGACAAGUUGAUAGUAGAGCAUCAUGAAUCUGAACAUACCCACAGCAGUUUUAUCACCCACAUCUUCAACCAUAUUGUAGAGUUCUUUGGGUGGUCAGAUCACAAGGGAGGUGUUGUCCUUCUCUUCCUCACCCUGUGUCUACAGUCAGGCUAUAACAGUGCUGCUAAGAAACUCUCUGUGGACGUGGGAGGAGCGAAGAGACUUCAUGCCCUCUCCACCCUCGUCUCUUCCUUCAUUCUCUUCCCCUGGGCAAUGUUUAUAUACUUCACAAGGGAGAGUGAAAUCGAGUCCUGGACAUCAAUGAUUAUCCCCCUUGGCCUGGUGGUGUUUUCCUUGCUGGUGGUGGACUUCUAUGUAGAGGCUGUGGCUAUCAACCACCUGCAGCCCCAGAAGACGGCAAAGUACGGAGCAUAUGCUAUCUUGGUCAGUGCCUUGUUCCUGGGGCUAAGCUGGAAUCACCCUCUGAUGACUCAGAUCACAACGAUGAACAAACUACAGGAGAUCAUCACUGAGGACCAUGUCCUGUCGGGAGGGGUCAUCUUCAGUGUGGGGGCCUUCAUGUUAGCCACUCAUAUACUUGUCAGCCCUAACAAGGUGGGGAAAGGGAGUUUCAUUGGCUACUCAUCAGGUGGUUUACCCCUGUACAGCUUCACUGGGGAUUACUUACAGAGAACCUCUCACUCUCUCCUCUCUGUGCUCAAAAAUGGACUCAAGCAAAUCUUAGAUGACGCCAACUCCAGAAAAAUAUUUUACUUUCUAUGCAUUAAUUUGGGUUUCACAUUUGUGGAGUUGUUGUAUGGUGUGUGGACAAACAGUCUGGGGCUGAUAUCUGACGGGUUUCACAUGCUGUUUGAUUGUUCAGCUCUAGUCAUGGGACUGUACGCAGCUGUCAUGAGCAGAUGGAAGGCCACCAGGAUUUUCUCUUACGGGUAUGACAGAGCCGAAGUCUUGUCUGGCUUUAUCAAUGGACUUUUUCUUGUGGUCAUUGCUUUCUUUGUCUUCACGGCUGCCCUAGGUCGUCUUGUGGAGCCUCCAGAGAUCAGAACAGAAAGAUUACUUACUGUCUCAGUAAUUGGUUUAUGUGUGAAUCUUGUGGGCAUUAUGGCUUUCCAUAGUUCCCAUGGCCAUGGCCAUGGAGGAUCUUCCCAUGGUCAUGGGCACUCUCAUGGCAGCAAUCACCAUGGCCAUUCAGAACGUCACGGUCACAGCCAUGGAGGUCACAACCAUGGAGGUCACAACCAUAGCCACUUGUCAUCAUCAUCAGGGAGCACAGUGCACAAUACAAACAUGGAAGGUGUGUUUCUGCAUGUUCUUGCUGACACGCUGGGUAGUGUCGGUGUCAUCAUCUCCACUGUGUUAAUUGAACAUUUUGGCUGGAACAUAGCUGAUCCACUGUGUUCACUGUUCAUUGCAACCCUCAUCUUCAUCAGUGUGUUCCCAUUGUUAAGAGAGACAGCUGUUAUUCUGCUCCUGUGCUCUCCAAGUUCUAAGGAAAGACAGAUUGAGGAGGCUCUUCAUAAGGUGCUACAAGUAGAGGGAGUUCUGGCGUACCGUGACCCCCACUUCUGGAGCCACACGGCCGUGAAGGCCCUGGGUACAUUACACGUACAGGUCAGCCCAGAGACCAGUGAGCAGAAGGUUGUCAGUCAGGUGACAUCAAUACUGAAGGAGGCUGAGCUAGCUCAUAUAACAGUGCAGAUAGAGAAGGAGUUAUAUUUCCAGCAUCUGUCAGGCCUUAGUGCCAGUUUUGAUCAAAUGAUGGAAUACACUAAGAACUUCAAGGCCCUUAAUUUUGAUGAUGCCGCACUGGCGGCUGUGAAGUCCAUAUGAAGACUUUAUGCACCUAGUUAAGAAUUUUCAUCAUUUGUAC